AUGGGAUUGGCUGAUGAGGAUGAUAUCUUCAAAGGUAACGAGGUGCCUUUAGAUGACGAAGAAGAAGAUGAGGAAGAGGAGGAAGAAGAAGAAGAAGAAUUAGAUAAUAACGAGGAAGAAAUUGAAGGCGAUGAUGAUGAAGAAGAAGAAGAAGGUGAAGCUGAGGAGGAGGAAGAAAACGAAAAUAUUGAAAAUGAAGCAGAAGGAGGUGCUGAACUUGCAGAUGACAAUGAAAUCACAAGAGAAAGUGAAAACAAAACACAUAAUCUACCAAAUGGUGAUGUUGAAAUGGUUGACGCUACUAAACCUACAGAGAGUGAUAUUAUCUCAAAGGAAACCGAGUCAAAUGGUGAUAUUCCUUUGGAUGAUAAUGCGAAGCUUGAACAGUUUUAUAAUCAAAUGAAAUUUAAAGCAAGAUUAUCAGAAACUUAUGAUGUUAAUCCAUUUGUUGCAAUACCUUACUCAUCUCCAAUCAAUGCUUUUGAAUUAUCCAAAUCCUCUAAAUGGUUGUUUACAGGUGGUGAAGAUGGUUUCAUAAGAAAAUAUGACUUUUAUGGUUCAAUUGAGGGGCAAGUGCAACUUACUGCUGCUCAAAAACACUCUUUGGUUGAUUCUAUCUCAAAUGGUGGUUCGUUGGUUAGUUAUUGGGAAAAUGAAAUACCCAUUAAAAGAUCAGCAGCUAAUAAGGAUAAUUAUGAGCCAGCUCUAUCACCGGUUUUCUCAUUGGCAGUGGAGAAAAGAUGCUUGUGGUUGUUGAGUGGCCUAAAAUCUGGUGGUAUAAAUCUUCAAUCCGUGCGACAUAAUGAAGGAACGAUUGUUCAUCAUUUCAAAGGUCAUAACGACACAGUAUCUGUUUUGAAGCUAAAUGAGUAUGAAAAUAAGUUUUUAUCUGGUGGAUGGGAUAAAGUGAUACAUAACUGGGAUUUGAAUACUGGUGAAAUAAUACAAAAAUUCACAGAGGCCACGGGUCAGAUAAGUUCUAUUGAAUAUAGACCAGCUAAUGGAUCCCAUAUAGAGACUCAGGUACCCAAUGAAGAUGAUGAUAUGGACUCACUGUUCGGGAGUGACGAAGGUGAUGAUGGUGUCUCUAAGUCAAAUGACAAUAUAAAUAAAAAUGAUGAUACAUAUCAAGGAAACACAGGUACAUCUAACUAUGAUGAAAACAUUUUUAUGUCUUCUUCGAUUGAUGGAUCAAUUAAUAUAUGGGAUUUAAGAACAUCGAGACAAGUUUUGAGACUGAAAUCCCCUAAGGGUACACCUCCCUGGUGUGUUUCAGCAUGUUGGUCAACCGAUGGUGAUUUCUUAUAUGCUGGUAGAAGAAACAGUACAGUUGAUGAAAUAUCAUUAAAAAUGCCAUUAGAUUCAAAGGGUGAAACAAAGACAUCCAAAGUCUUGAAGUUCCCUCAAGUUUCAGGAGCUGUCACAGUUGUAAGACCAUUACCAAAUGGAAAUCAUGUUUUAUGUGGUUCACAUGAUAAUAUUAGAAUUUAUGAUCUAAGGCUUUACGAGGAAGCUCAAAGGAAAACACCAUUCUUAAUUGUUCCUGGACACCAUGGUGGUGUAUUAUCCGACGUUCAAUUUGAUCCAAGUUAUAGAUAUAUGAUAAGUGCAAGUGGAAAUAGAGGGUGGCAGGGAACAAGUACAGAAAAUGUUUUUAUUUACGACGUCGAGUUACAAUAG